AAGCGGAAAGUAGGUCACGGCGGGCGGGGAGCGCGGCGGCGGUGGCAGAGCAGCUCCAGGUCCUCCCCACCAUGGCCAGGCGGCCCCGGAGCAGCCGGGCAUGGCAUUUUGUCCUGAGUGCAGCCCGCCGAGACGCUGAUGCCCGGGUUGUGGCCCUGGCAGGCACUUCUAACUGGGGCUAUGACUCUGAUGGGCAGCACAGCGACUCGGACUCCGAUCCUGAGUUCUCGUCCCUGCCGCCGUCCAUCCCCAGCGCCGUGCCGGUCACCGGGGAGUCCUUCUGUGACUGCGACAGCCAGAGUGAGGCCUCUGUCUGCGGUAGCCGGCACAGCGCCCACGGCGGGAAGGACUGCCGCUGCGGGGAGGAGGACGAGCACUUCGAUUGGGUCUGGGAUGAGCUGAACAAGUCCUCGGCCACCCUCCUGAGCUGUGACAACCGCAAGGUCAGCUUCCACGUGGAGUACAGCUGCGGCACGGCGGCCAUUCGGGGCACCAAGGAGCUUGGGGAGGGCCAGCACUUCUGGGAAAUCAAGAUGACCUCGCCCGUCUACGGCACUGAUAUGGUGAGUGGCGAGCGCCUCAGAGGUGUGCAGGGAGCGGCCCUGGCCUCACCUGCCCCCCUGCCGGCCCUCUUCCUAGAUGGUGGGCAUCGGGACGUCAGAUGUGGACCUGGACAAGUACCACCAUACCUUCUGCAGCCUGCUGGGCAGGGACGAGGACAGCUGGGGCCUCUCGUACACGGGGCUUCUCCACCACAAGGGAGACAAGACGAGCUUCUCGUCACGGUUCGGCCAGGGCUCCAUCAUCGGCGUGCACCUGGACACCUGGCACGGGAGACUAACCUUUUUCAAGAACCGCAAGUGCAUAGGCGUGGCGGCCACCAGACUGCAGAACAAGAAGUUCUACCCGAUGGUGUGCUCCACGGCCGCAAAGAGCAGCAUGAAGGUGAUCCGCUCCUGCGCCAGCUCCACCUCCCUGCAGUACCUCUGCUGCUACCGCCUGCGCCAGCUACGGCCCGACUCGGGGGACACGCUCGAGGGCCUGCCCCUGCCCCCUGGCCUCAAGCAGGUGCUGCACACCAAGCUGGGCUGGGUGCUAAGCAUGAGCUGUGGCCGCCGCCGGCCGCCCGCGCCCAGCCCCGAGACCAGGUCUUGCCAGAGGAAACGCUGCCGACGGACCUGACUUCUUUUGCAAUGAAAACUGCUUCUUGGCCAGGACCGGCUUCUGUCCCUUCCUUCUGGCCAUGCUCCGGGGGACAGGAGAGGGAGGAGUUGGGCCCAGUCUGUUGGGUUGUCCACUCACUCCCCAAGGCUGGGACAGUCCCUUUUGCAAGGUCCAGGGCCACUUGGCCGUGUGAUCGUCCACAUCCACUCUGCUGGCCCCAGGUAGGCAGCAGCCGCUUCCCACCUUGUGCCUCCCGGGCGGCCACUGUUGGCCACGAGUGGAAGAGGAAGGCCUGCCUAGCACCAGGGUUCCUGCCUCCCGGGCCUCGGAGGCCUUGGGCUCUGUCCUUCACUGCUUUGCAUGUUGUCAGCUGCUGCUCCUCUUUCUCAGAGACAGAAAUCACUGUAAUAAAUGCAGUUUCUAUCCAAGACCCAUGCCACCUGUAAAGUUACAUGGGGCCAGACGAAGGCCCAAUGGGUUAACACACCUCUACAGCACUUGUCCUGUGGGCUCUGAUUCUGCUAGAUACUGAGGGGGGGGACGAGGGUUGUCCUUCUUCCUGUGAAAAGGACGGUCCCAACUUCCUGGAAACCAGUGCUAAACGCCCUGGGAGGGCCUCCACUUGGACUCUCAGGAGGCAGCCAGCCUCCAGUCUCCCUGCCAGAGAGCCGACACUGGGCCCUGACAUGGGCAGGGCUGGGCACACACACUGCCCCCAAAACCUUCAGCCUGCCUGGCCCCUUCUCUCAGCCCAGUGAUCUGAGAACUUCCCCUGGUGCCCCCCUGCCCUCUCCCAAGCCAGACACAGACCAAGAGCCAUCCCAGGCCAAGGGUGCCAGUCGUCUGGCGUCCCAGCCCUGCAGUGGGGGUCUCCUGUCCCCCUACUCCGUAUGCUGUGUGU